AUGGGAGUGUAUGAGGAGCGCGCCCCUCCUACCACCGGCAUGCACUGGCCGGCCAGCUCGCAGGAGCGCGGGAGCGGCUUGGCUGUGGGGCGUCAAGGGGGGCCCGGUAGUGCGGGGGGCCCCGGAGCAGUCGAGCAGGCAAGGGACCUAAGUCCCUGCCUCCCCGCGUCGAUGGGCGACGCUGCACGACCUACCACCUUACCGUGCAGUCCUCCCGCCGCCCACCACCACGGGUCCCAUCACACGCCCCAUCACGCGUCCCAUCAGACGCCCCAUCAGACGCCUUUACAUCAAACCCAUUGCGGAACCAACAAUAACUGCUACGACGGUCCAACCACCCCCUACGAUUCUAGGGACUACGAUUCGCCUGGAGGUGGAUCGGAGUACAGAAACAACAACGGUAGUUUCGAUAAUAAUCCAAGUGACUUGAGUAUGCCACCACAAGGGACUCAUCAUCAUCAUCACCACCAUCAUCAUUCGCAUUUACAUGCGCAAACUCAUACGCAAGAGCAACAAACCUCCGAGCAUUUGCAGACCAUUCCGAAACUCGAGCCACCACCAACGCCACCGGCACAAUCCGAGGAUGUUCCUGGAGUUGUCUGUGCGGGUUGUGGAUUAAGGAUAUCCGACAGGUAUUAUCUUCAGGCGGUCGACAGGAGAUGGCAUGCUUCGUGUCUUCAGUGUUCUCACUGUCGUCAGGGUCUCGAUAACGAAGUCACCUGUUUCUGUAGGAAUGGGAACAUAUAUUGCAAGAAGGAUUAUUAUAGGAUGUUUGGGAGCCUAAAGAGAUGUGCGCGAUGCCAAGCGGCAAUACUCGCCUCGGAGUUGGUGAUGCGCGCGCGCGACUUGGUUUUCCACGUGCGUUGCUUUUCGUGCGCGGCGUGCGCGGUCCUGUUGACAAAAGGCGAUCACUUCGGUAUGAGGGACGGGACAGUUUUGUGUCGGCUACAUUAUGAAAUGGGCGCGGAACUUCAUCCGGCCCAGAGCCCACCGGUUCCUGUUUAUCCACCGGGUCCACAUUACGCCGGACAAUUUCCAUCUCCCGAAUUUCUCCAUCAUCAUCACCACCACCAUCAUCAUCAUACGACGGUCGCUGCGGCCGCGGCAGCGGCAGCUGCGGUCGCCGGUCAUGGGCCACCUCAUCCACAUUCGAUGCACCCUCAACAUCCUCACAGUCAUAUAAGCCCUGUGCCGCUUCAACCCUCAACGCCGUCAGUCCCCGACGCCGGUUCACCUCCAAAGGUACCCUAUUUCAAUGGAGCAGCGGCAGCGACAACAGUUGUACCACCACCGAGGCAAAAGGGACGACCAAGGAAAAGGAAGCCUAAAGAUCUCGAGGCUAUGACCGCCAGUCUCGACUUGAACGCCGACUAUAUAGACAUGCCCUUCGGAAGAGGCGGUCCUGGGACUCCAGGCAUACCUGGCUCCAAUAGUAGAACAAAACGAAUGAGGACGAGUUUCAAGCAUCACCAGUUAAGGACGAUGAAGAGUUACUUCGCGAUCAAUCACAAUCCCGACGCGAAGGAUCUCAAGCAGCUUUCCCAGAAAACUGGCUUGCCAAAAAGGGUACUGCAGGUAUGGUUCCAAAAUGCACGUGCCAAAUGGCGACGUAUGGUAUUGAAGCAAGAAGGAAAAUCGGACAAGUGCGAUAGCGUUGUCGACGGAGGUUCCUUGGGUGAUCUCGAACUUUAUGGCAACAGCGGCGGAAGUGGUGGUCCACCGAUGAGCCCUCCCUUCAUGUUAGGUGGUCCCCAUAGUCCGGCAUCCCUGGCGUCUUUGGAUUGCGCGUGAUCGACCAUUGGAAUUUGCACGAUUGACGAAGACAAUUCAAUUCAAAGCAAGAAAAAAAAAAAAAAAACGAAAAAAAAAAACGGAAAAAAAACACAAAAAAAAACCAAAAGAAAAAAACAAAAAAAAACCAAAAAAAAAUAACAAAAAAAGAAAAGAAAAGAAGGAGAAAAGAAAUGACACAAAAUGAUCACUAGUUUCUUCUUCGGAGUGAAGGGCAGGCAGGGGGAGGGGGAGAGGUGGACGAGGGAGGAGGAGGAGGACGAGGAGGAGGAGGAGGUCUGGCUCGACGCUUCCAAAAGGCGAUUCGUUGUUUCUUCUUUUUUUUUUGCUCUCUCUUUUUCUUCUUCUUCUUCUUCUUUUCCUUUUUCUCACUCUUUUUUUUUGUUUGUUUGUUUGUUUGUUUCUUUUUUCUUCGAUAAAUCCCCCUUUCGUGCAAAAGUUUCCUUUCUCUUUCGAUGAAUCGGUGGGAACGAAUACCGGCCAAUCGAGUACCAAUGGAGAUUAUCAUCGAUUUAUAGAAACUCUAUUUGUGUCGUGUUACGAAAUUUAAAAAGGAGACGAAUGAAAGAAAGAAGGAAAGAAGGAAGGAAAGAAAAAAGAAAGAAAGAAAGAAAGAUAGAUAGAAAAAAAAAAAGAAGAAUAAUAACUUCGUAGGAAAAGAUAAUCGAAAAUAGUCGAGAAAAUUCCUUGUAUUUAUUGUAGUCCUAAUCGGCGAACGUCCGUGAACAUCCUUUGUUGUAUAGAAAAAGAGAGCUUCGUCUCGCUUAAACCGAAGGGAAUUAUUUCUUAAGGAUGCCAAGGAAGGGAGCCUUACUGCUGAAAGCAAUGUAAUUAGCUAACGAUGUCUAUUUAUUGGUGUAAUCGCUCAGAGGUAAUAAAAAAAAAAAAAAAAAAAAACGAAAAAAAAUGAAAAAAAGAAAAAAAAAAGGAGAAAGAAAAAUGGAAAAAAAAACGCAAAAGCAUUAGCUAACCGAUAAAACGAUUACGAUGCAAGCGAGCUGCCCUGAAAUUCGACGUUUCGAUACUUCUCGAUACAUCCUUUCUUUUCUUUUUUUUUUCCUUUUUGUUUUUUUUUUUCUUUUUUCUUUUUUUUGUUUUUUUUUUCCCCCGACAAAAUCAUCUCACGCGACGAGUGAUACAUAACGUGUGAGUAUCUAAUAUAUCGAUUUUGGAUCAAUCGGAAUACAUUUGCUCGUAGAUUUCUGAACACGUGAAAGGAAAGAAAUAAAAGGAAAUGUAAAAAAAA